CUGCACUGUUUUUGUGCACAAACUGAGAGGACGUGGGCAAUAUUUUUUUACGAUCUGCUGGAAGAAACCGUGAAAGUUUUUAUCAAGCGAUGGCAGCUCAAGAGGAGUUCUUUGCGGGCAUUCCCAGGAUCCAGUAUAAACCAGGUACUAGGCCACAAGAUGUCAUGUGCUUCAAACACUACAAUUCAGGAGAGGUGCUGAUGGGGAGGACGAUGGAGGACUGGCUGAGAUUCUCUGUCUGUUACUGGCAUUCCUUCUGUGGAACUGGUGCUGAUCCUUUUGGGUUUCCAACCCUCCACCGGGCCUGGAAUGAAGGUGCUCCCAUGGAGUCGGCUAAGAAGCGACUCCAUGCUGCCUUUGAGUUCUUCACCAAGCUUGGUGUCAAGUAUUACACGUUUCAUGACAGAGAUAUGUCUCCUGAGGGCUCCACCCUGGAGGAGACCAGCAGGAACCUGGAUGAAAUCACAGACUUGGCUCUGGAGCUGCAGAACCAGACUGGAGUCAAGGUGCUGUGGAUUACCUGCAACCUCUUUGCUCACCCAAGGUACAUGAAUGGUGCAGCCACCAACCCAGACUGCCAUGUUCUGGCUUAUGCUGGCGCUCAGGUGAAGAAGGGUUUGGACAUUGCCAAGAAGCUGGGAGCAGAAAACUUUGUGUUUUGGGGCGGCAGAGAAGGUUUCCUUUCCAUCCUUAACACCGACGUUGCUGCUGAACUGAAACACAUGGCCAACUUCUUCAAAAUGGCCGUCAAUUACAAAGAGAAGAUUGGGUUGAAAUGUCAGUUUCUUAUUGAACCCAAGCCAAAGGAACCCUGCAAGCACCAGUAUGACUACGACGCUCUGAGUGUCAUAGGCUUCUUAAAGCACUUUGGUUUGGAGAGCCACUUUAAGUUGAACAUUGAGCCCAACCACACCACUCUGGCAGGACACUCUUAUGAACAUGAUAUUGUCAUGGCCUCUGCUUUUGGCAUGCUGGGCUCAGUUGAUUCAAACACCGGCUCUCCUGACCUUGGGUGGGACACAGAUCAGUUUCCCAUGGACAUCAGGAACACCACCUUGGUCAUGAAGACUAUUGUUGAACAAGGUGGCCUGCAGCCAGGAGGCCUGAACUUUGAUGCAAAGGUGCGCAGAGAGUCUACAGACCUCGAGGACCUGUUUAUUGCUCACAUCGGAGCCAUGGACGCCUUCGCAAGAGGACUCAGGAACGCUGUUCGCAUCAUUGAGGAUGGAGUCAUCACUGAGAUGGUGAAGGAUCGAUACUCAAGCUUUGGUCAUGGCCUGGGGCAGAAGGUGGAGAGUGGCUCUGCUACAUUAGAAGAGAUGGAGGAUUUUAUCAAGCAAAAUGGUGAGCCGAGAGCAACAUCGGGGAAGCAAGAGAAAUAUGAAUCCAUCUUUAAUCAUUACAUCUAAUAAAAACAGUCCUUCUGUAUCUGUGUUUAACUCUAGACCUGCUUUAGAUGGUUAAUGAAGCUCUACCUAGAGGACUAAAUAGGACUAGAAAGUAUUUUUUUUUUUUUUUUUUUUUUUUAAAUCGUGUUAGCUUAUGUCAUUAAUGAAAUUUUUCAUUCUAACAGAUUAAUUCACUACUGACUGUAUCAGGAUGUGCUUGUACUGCUUUGACCUCCGCAUCUUGAUAUAUUUGUAUGAGUCAAUCACUUGUGUUUUCUGUGUAAUAAAGCUUAAUGAGUGA